CGAUGUCGAAAUCGCCGCGGCAAACGCAAUUUCUUCGAUUUCAGUAUACAUCAGAUAGCAGGUAUGUCAAGUAAGCGAACUGCAACAACAGAAUUAAAUCAUGACAAUUGGAAUGAAGAGAAUGAACCAGAGGAUGCAGGAACAUUUGUGUUGGCCUCAAAUGAUAUACUUGAGAAGAGAGUUAUAAAAACAGCAAGGCGUCGUUUGCCAUCGAAGGAUGGGAGUCCUACUAAAAGUGCAUUUGGGUCAUUUACGGGUUUCAAAACUACUCCAAGUUUAUCUCCAUUUGGUUUUCUAGCUAAUGCAAGCACUACUUCUAGCAUGACUACUUCUACUGCAACGACUGUAAAUACAAGUAACAAACAAACUGCGAGCAAUGGAGCUCCUAAGAUCUCUGAAAUUGAUACAGAUAAAAGAGAUGAUGUUGCCAAAUUACAAACACCAUCAAGUAUAAGUACGAGCAAAAAAAAUUCAGUUGAGCAAGGAACUGAAAAGACAAGGAGUCAUUCGUCGGAUUAUUACGCAAAAUUGAAAGGAUUAAAUGAAAGCGUCACUACAUGGAUAAAGAGCCAUGUAGAUGCAAACCCGUUUUGUAUAUUAACACCUAUAUUUAAAGAUUAUGAGAGAUAUUUGAAAGAAAUUACAUCAAAAGAAGAAAGUACCAAGACACAAAUCUCGCAUACUUCUGAACAUAUAACUCAGGCUGCAAAAAAUGAUAGUAAACAAGAUAUAAGUUCAGAGAAGAAAUCAGAGAAAAAACCAGGAAAGUCACUGUUUGGGAAUUCAAAUGCAAAUGCAAAAUCCACUUUAACUGUGGGAACAGAAUUAAAACCUGAAAAGUCUAUAUUUUCUAACAUCACUGCAAAUACCAAAUCAGUAUUUAGUAGUACAGAACAGAAAACAGAUAAUCUUAAGUCUGUGUUUGGUAGUACAGAUAUAACUCCUGAUAAGAGUAAAUCUAUUUUUGGAAGCACAGAGUCGAAUAUUGCUAGUAAAAAUGUAUUUGGCAAUACAAGUGUGGAAAGUAAUCCCUUGUUAAACAAAUCUACCGUUUCAGAUAGUGCAAAUAAAGACGAGGAGGAAACAAACUCCAACGCAAAGUCUGUAGCCCCUACCUUUCCCACUUUUAGUUUUGGACAGAGUUCUACUACCAGUAACGUGACUGCUGGAUUUAGUUUCGGAAGUGCAAAGCCAUUUUCAUUUGCUCCUCAAGCAGUAAAACCACAAGAAUCCGAGGAUAAAGCAGAUAAUGAAAAUAAAGAUGAAGAAGAUGAAGAACCGCCGAAACCAGAUUUCAAACCAAUAACUGAAGAAGGUGCUACUUAUGAACAAAGGUGUAAAGUCUUCAUAAAGAAAGGCAACAUUUUUACUGACAGAGGCAUUGGGAUGUUGUAUCUGAAACCGACACCGAACGGAAAGACGCAAUUGAUAGUACGAGCCAACACUGCUUUGGGUAAUUUAUUACUCAAUACUCUGUUGACUCAAAGCAUUCCCACGAAGCGUAUGAACAAGAACACAAUAAUGUUGGUCUGCCUACCAAUGCCAGAUUCUUCACCGCCACCAGUCUCAGUGCUGUUAAGAGUGAAAACUAGUGAAGACGCAGAUGAAUUACUAGAAGCGUUGAAUAAGCAUAAAAAGUAAAAAAGAAAUUACGCAAACUCGAUCUACAUAUUCGAACAAGACGGUUUUUUUAUGUUACUUUGAGCUUGAAGAAU